AAACAAGCUCACAUGAAAGUUGAUCUUAAAUCGAUUAAGUCGUGUGAAUCGGAAGUGCUAUUAGUAGCCUUGGAUAAAACAUCUGAUUCGGAAUAGUAGAGAGAGAGAGAGCGUGUGUAUGUACUUAAUUUGACUUAAUUAACGAAGCAAUCAAAUAUUUUCAUGUAUCACGAGUAUUAACAACGGAAUCUGCUUUCAUGGAGUUGAUAAUAUUAGCGCGUGACACAUUUAUGAAGCUGUCUCAUUCGUAAUCGGUCACGCUUGUUAUGCGCUCGUCGAGACGAUAUAUCGUCGGUCCGGGUCCGAAUUGUAGUAACCUUGAAUAUAUUCACGAUCGCGAAUCAGCGUCGGACGUGAGCACGGGGAGAGAGAGUUUAGAAGGAUUUCCUCCGCUGAUUCCAUCGCGGAUCUUAUCUGUUGGAUCGUGCGAAGAGGGGCGCGAAGCUGUCAGUAAGGAAGCUGGAGCGCUAACCUAAGAUGCGAACAUCAGUGAACGCGCUUCUACCGUUGGGAAUUCAUCUGUUGUAUUGGUUAUUCGAUACGGUAGCGGCCACUGGCGGAGCGCUCGAUUCUACCCCGACCUUUCAAACCGGUGCCUCGAGCCCUUCACAUUCCAAAAUAGUAGCGUUUUCCGCCACCCUCACCGAUGGAUUGGCCCAAGCAGUGGCUCACGAAUCUACUGCGGAUACUUGUAAUGACGACGUAGCUUGCAUCACUAUGGCUUCGGUCGAUCGUCUAGCCUUAGAAGCUAUAAGGGCUCUCCACAGUCAAUUGGAUGACGAUGCUAAUGGAAACGUUGAUCUAUCCGAAUCGGACGAUUUUCUAAGAGAAGAACUGCAAUACGAAGCUGGUUAUGAACGGAGACAGAGGGCUUUCCACCAUAAUGACGAUAUGCAAAUCAGUGUGCGAGAACUCUGGGAAGCUUGGUUGCGAUCAGAAGUUCAUAACUGGACAAUAGAACAAACAUCAGAAUGGUUAACUUCCAACGUUGAGCUUCCUCAAUAUGUUCCUACUUUCAUACAGCAUCGUGUAACUGGUGCUACGCUUCCUCGAUUAGCUGUGAACAAUAUGCAUUAUCUUAAUAAUGUUCUGGGUAUUAAAGAUCCCAUCCAUAAACAAAAAAUUGCCUUAAAAGCAAUGGAUGUUGUUCUUUUUGGACCUCCUAAAGAUACUGGACACAGCAUCAAAGACUUAAUAUUAGUUACACUGUUAUUUGGAGCACUUAUUGGAUGCUGGUACGCAUAUCAACAAAAGAAAAAUUCCCAAAAGGAUCUUUAUAGAAUGAUGAAAGAUAUGGAAAGUUUGCAAAAGGCAGAACUUACACUGGAAAAUUUACAGAAAGAGCUGGAGAGAGCAAGAAUGGAACAAGAAAGUGCAACUACUGAGAAACAAAAUUUGGAAAAACGUUUGCAAGAUGAAAGUUUGGGAUUACAUACUUCAUAUUCAGACCUUGAAGUAUCGCAAAUGAAAGCGGAAAUUGAAAUGCUGAAGCUGGAAUUACAACGAGCAGAGGGUGAACUUGAAGAUAGAUGCUGGUCGCCACCAACUGGAUUACAGCAUUGGCUACAAUUAACUCAUGAAAUUGAGAACAAAGCAUAUAUAAAUAAGAGGAUAGCAGCUGAAAAACAGCUUCAACAGGCACGAGAAGCGUGUGAGAAAUUACGAAAGAAACGUUCCAGUUUGGUAGGUGCUUUUGUUUCGACUCAUGGAAAAUCCAUUGACGAAGUUGAUAAGAGUAUAGUUGAAGCAAGAACUUCAUUAAAUGAAGUAACAAGUGAGCUGAAAGAAAGAGUACAUCGUUGGAAGCAAAUUGAAUUGCUCUGUGGUUUCAAUAUAAUUAACAAUAAUGGAUUAAGCUAUUUAGAGGCCAUUUUGUAUAGAGGGACAUCUAAUGGUAGAGGUGUUGGAUUAAGAGGACGACUUAGUAGCCAGGAUGACUUAGAUGAUGAGACAAGUUCAAUGUACACACCAUCAACGGCCAGUACAGUCGCUGCAGGUAUUUUGGAGAACUCAGCGUGGAAAGAGUCAUCGGUACCGCCAGCCGGUCGAUUUGGAAAUGAAUUAUCCGAUUCAUCGAGCAGUGAAGCGGAGAAGGAACUUGGAGCUGUCCACUUCGUGGUAGGCGAUGGACCGGAAGAACCUGCUGCAGGAAAGAUAGGAGUGCCGUGCAAAGAGAAAUCCGGCAUUACACGGUCUUAUAGCCAGGAUACAAACGUGCUGAACGAGGACAAGACUUCCCUGCCGAAAACAUCGUACUCGGAAAAUUCGCUCGACGUCUCAGACAGAUCUUGCGGCUACCGUCCUGCAUUAACGACUACAAUGACAACGACGACGACGAUGACUACAACAACGGUAACAACGAGCAUCAAGAAACCGUUCCGUGAAUUACCUACAAUAAUGUCUGUCGACGACGAGACGCUUUCAACCGAUUCCAAUUCUACCGCUGACAACGAUGAGCUUAAACGGAGGCGCAGGAAGCUCUUUCCGGCCUUUAGGAAGAAUAAAACUAAAGUUACGUGAUGUUCGCUAGUCACAUAAUAUCUCGUUUGUUACUUAAUUGCUACCCGUUACAGUUAGUUAUAAUCCCGUGAUGUGCACUUAAGAAUUAUUUUAUCAGUAAUUAUUAAUUAUUAGCAAUUACUCUUCGCGUGACACACACAUACACACACACACACACAUACAUUUAUACACUUUUUCUUUCGCUCUCUCUUUCUCUCUCUCUUUCCUUGUUCCUUCCUCUGCGUGCAUAUAGACUCAUGGAAACGUAAUAAUCGUUUAGGAUAUUUGUUGCCAGUGUUCCUUCAACUUUGCCAAAUUUGGGAUACGUGCGUAAAAUUAUAACGAAAUAUAAGAUUCAGCGAAUAUACAUCAUGGAAGGACAUCCUUAGAUAGAUAAACUUUUAGAGAAUCACAAUAUUUGAAGGAAAGUUUAUAAUUCUUAUAUGACAAUAUAUAUUUUCGGUGUGGUACUUUUUUAAAAAAGUUAAACGUUUUCUGAGAGCCGCGGAUUUUUAAAUAAGAUUUUUUCACACGAUGACGUUAGUAAUAAUAAUAAUAAUAACUAUUAUUAUCAUUAGCGUAACCUUUUUUAUCGCGAUAUAAUUCCGUAGUUUUAAUUAUCGCGUCUAGAUACAUACCGGGAUGAGGGACAAAAUGAAUUUUAAAGAAUCAAUCUUUUUCUCUCUCUCUCUCUUUCUCGUUUAUACGUUACUACGUUUUUACGAAUAAUGGUACAAAGCUACAUCGAGAUGAGGGUAUCCUCGCGAAACGAGGAUCAAGUUGUUAAAGUUAUCGUUGAUACUUUCGGAUACCGUCCGGACAUAUACUGGCAAUAUACGUGUAACUUAUAUCGGCAAAACAAAAAUGCGAAUUUUAUAUCUUUGUAUACAAUAUAUAAGUAGAUUAUAAAAUAUUGUGCGAAAUUUUUUAUCGUGAGCGUUUAAGAUAAUUAGAUAUCGCGAAGAAAUUUGUUUUCUAUAUCUCUGGUACAGACAUUUCUUAAUGAGAACAACGUUGGGAUUUUUACCUUAAUUCCUAUAAACUCUUCUUUUCAUUAAAAUCAUGUCCAUGAUAAGAAUAUUUAAACUAUAAAAACGCAAACAUAUAAGAUAAUCAAAAAACUAGUUAAUACUCCGAGCCUAUUUCUGUUAUUACAUAAUCAAAAAAAUAAUCCAUACAGAUCGUCGUUUUAUAGAAUUUCGAACAAAUUCGUCUCGGAGUGAACAAUCUCGAAAGCCUGAUUUUCUUUCUAUAUAUUUUUGCUAAAAAUUUUUUGAUGUCGGAACAAUCAUACAUAAUAAUACUUAACGCCGUUGUCAAUUAAUUCACCCUUAUGCACUCGGCUCAGAAUCAAACUACUUACAGAAUGGCUUAUGUUACUGCUAAAACUCUGCAGUUUUGGUAAUUUGUUAAAAAAUUGUCACCGUUAUAUUCCAUACUCGCGUAAUACAAUUGUGUAACAAUUUUCCCGCUAUAUCCGUUUGCAAAUAGUGUUAGAUUAUUUUGAUUAUUCGUGUUAAAUUUGAUUAUUCUUUUAUGGUAUGCUCAAGUAUGAGUUAGAAAGCACGAUUUCUGUAUAUAUCCACCUUUAUAGAAGAAAUUGUUACACGCGACUUUGACAGAAAAUUUAUAAUUUCGUGACAAACACUGACACAUUUAGAUCUCAAUACAACUAAAAUUCGCAAAACAUUUGUAUUUUAUGACAUUUAAUCUAUUGUCUUGUAUAAUAUUAUAAGAAACAGGUUUCAUAUUUUUCGCGCAUUCCAAAUAUAAUAAUAUCUAUGACUAUAUUGAUGAGAUCAUAUAACUAUACACACUUUGCAUUAUCGCAUCCUCGCAUCCAUGACAAUGAUUAAUAUUCCUUGGUAUGUUGUAUUUCCAGUAAUUGAUGGAACUCACGAACGUCAUGUUUAUCGUCUUUAUACAGAGAGUACGCACAAUUGUCGGCUCCGUUAUCACUAAGAAAUAGAAAAAAUACGAAGCGAUAGAAGCGAAAAGAUACGAGAUUAAAAUGUGUCAGCUUUGUCACCGAAUCUAAUUUCGUUAUUAAAAAUGGUCGCUAGCUUUCCAUAAAAUAUUCUUCCUUAGUGGAUUUCGAAGCAAUGAAUUAAAUGUUUACAAGGGACAGUUUUUAAGGAUAUGUAUCUUGCUAUAUGUUACUUUUAAAACGAACAAUAGAGAUCUGAUUUCAUUAUCUAUAUAUAUUAUAUAAGCAAUAUGAGAUAUAUAUAUUUAAUUGGAUAAAGAAUUUUUGGUCUGUCGCACUUCCCUGCGCCGUAUUGAAUUCUCUUGUUGAGUAUAUAUUUUAGAGACGAGAAAUAUAGAGCCAUUUAAUUAAUGUAUAUAUCUGUAUUUAAAUUAUUAUAGUCUUAAUAUGAUAUAUGACAAUGUCGCUUGCGAACGCGACACGUCUUCCCUGUAAUAUGUAAAAGUGACAUUUUACAAAAAUAAAUAAGCCAAGUUUAAACAGAAAAAAA